AUGUAUACCAGAUGUGAGGAUAUUUCUAAUUCGAGUUAUUUAAUUCCAGUCAUAUCAAGAUAUGAGGACUUUUCAAUUGAUGUGCAAUUCCACGUCCGCGUAUUCAAGAGCAAAGCCUUUGAUUCGUUAAAUGCUCUUCCCGACGUGGAAUUCGGCAAAGAUGCCUUCCUCAUUCGAUUUACGGCGAUCUCUUUUUUAACAGAUACCAGAGUGAGCUCAGUCAGGUUUGCAAUCAAUCAUUUCCCCAUCACUCAGGAUAGGGAGUAUCUAGUAAAUGCAAUGACUCUAUAUGGAGCUAUCAAUGCUGGACUCCGAAGUCUUGGGGACCGUCCUUCUGGAAUUUUUUUGGGCCCUUUGAAAGGAGUGGAAUUUUUCCUGGAGUUUCAAGUUAAUUGCAAAGAUAAGGAUAUCUUGGGGCGAAAAGGAGCUCAACGUAAUUAUUUUAAAUCAUCAAGAACUAAUAACCACUAUAAAAUGUGUUAUCGCAUGUAUAUCGCAUCACUCUUCCUUGUGUCAUUCUUUUCAGGGCCGGUCCUUGUUCGAGCAGAUGAUGGUGCUAAGCCAUGUUUCUUAGUGGGAAGUUCGCCUUUACCAUCGGACGUUAAAGCUGAUUCGAAUGUAAAAUGUAUACCAAAUAGCAAAGCCUUCGAUUCCCUGUCUACUCUACCUGACGUAGAAUUUGGCGAGGGUAAUUCGCGUAUUCAAUUUACGACAAUAUCUUUUCUAAAAGAUACCAGAGUGAGCGCAGUAAAGUUUGCAAUGAAAAACUUCCCCAUCACAUUGGAUAGACAGUAUAUAGUAAAUGCUUUGGCUGUAUAUGAUGCUAUUAAUGCUGGACUUAGAAGUAUUGGGGAGGGUCCUGCCAAAACUAUAUUGAAGAAUUUAAAAGGGGUGUCAUUCUUCUUGGGAUUUCAACUGCAUUGUAAAGAUGGCGAUGUCUUAGGGCGAAAAGGAGCUAAACGUAAUUACCUUAAAACUGUGAAAAAUUGUGUUAGAUGCACAGAUGAUGAUAAGACAGAGCUGAGAAAACUUGGACUCGAGUGUAAGGUACCAGGAAUCUAA